AUAUGCAUGGUGCCUACUCUGCAGAUCGGCUGCUGAGACACAGAGCCAUGAGCCACCCCAGACACAUGGGCAAGAUAAAGAAGCGGCUGGAGGACAUCAAGAACCAGUCCCUGAAGUCGACAAAAGCAGAUUUCAGCCACAACGAAAGCAUCAGAUUGGCCACGGACGCUUUCCUGGACGGUGGGACAGACUCGUACCUGCAGACUUUAAGCAAAGAGGGAGAGGUGGAUUUCCUCUCCUCGGUGGAAGCUCGCUACAUCAAGGAGAACGCCCGGGAGUCCUACUAUGCACAGGAAUCCCCCACGGAUGGGGCGGCCGCACAAAGGCAGAACGAUGGCGGCUCCCUGCCUUCGGGGACGUACUUCCCCACCAUUUCCGACAGCAGCGAGCCCGCUCUGCUGCACACAUGGAUUACAGCGGAGAAGCCCUAUUUAAAGGAAAAGUCCACGGCCACUGUGUACUUCCAGACCGAGAAGAACAGCAACAUCAGAGACAUCAUACGCCGGUACAUCAACAAGACCACGCAGGUGCUGGCUAUCGUGAUGGAUGUAUUCACCGACACUGAGAUCCUUUGUGACCUCCUGGAGGCAGCCAACAAGCGCAUGGUGUUUGUCUACCUGCUGCUGGACCAUGGCAAUAUAAAUCUCUUCUCAGAGAUGUGCGACAAGCUGCAGAUUGCUGAGGAUCUCUUCAAGAAUAUCUCAGUCCGCAGUGUUACUGGAGAGGUGUACUGUGCCAAAUCAGGCAGGAAAUUUUCAGGACAAAUACAAGAAAAGUUUCUUAUCUCUGACUGGAGAUACGUUCUCUCUGGAUCCUACAGCUUCACAUGGUUAUGUGGCCAGGUUCACCGCAACCUCCUCUCCAAGUUCACUGGUCAAGUUGUAGAGCUGUUUGAUGAGGAGUUCCGCCACCUCUAUGCGCUGUCCAAGCCAGUGAGGGGACCCAAGUCUCCACCACGCACCAUGCCCUUCCUCUUCAGCCAGAGCUGGGCCCUGCCACGCAGCCUCCCUGACAGUGACGAGGGAAGUGCUAACACUCUUUCAGACCCCUUGAGCAGCCUCUCAACUGGAAGCAACCAUCAGGCCAAGCAAACCCCAAGAACUCUCAUAUUCAGCAGCAAUUUCACCCCCCAGUCACCUCUGCAUCGAGUUAAUUCCUUCCACAGUUUUGUCUCAUUCACACCAUCCCCAGCACAGCAGACCAUCCAGGCUAACUUCUAUCAGCCGCACUACGUGGCUGAUAGCUCCACAGCUCUUUAUAACAACAUGAACAUUUACCGACCUGUAAGGGUUAGACAAGAGGAACCAAACAGGACAGGCUUAAGCUCACCCUGGAGAUGCCUCCAUAAAGGUAACCUGUUUGCAUAAUCACCACCUUGCUUUGAGUUGCAAGUAAACGUAGUGAGGACCUGUUUAGCAAUCGCUUGUACACUGACGACUACAGAAAUUCUGCAUAAUACAAAAUAAGGAUGAUUUCA